AAGACUAAAGAACCGCGAUCUCGGGCGUUCAGAGAGAGAUUAUAACGAGCGAUUCAGAGAGAGACUCUAGGGUUCUGCUCAAACCCUAGUUCAGAGAGAGAUGAGCGGAGGUGGAGGUGGAGGUGGAGGUGGAGGUGGAGGUGGAGGAGCUGGGAACGCUUCGACGAACUCGAGCGGCUCUGCUAAAACCCCAUCUGAUUUCUUGAAAUCAAUUCGCGGUCGUCCUGUGGUUGUCAAACUCAACUCAGGCGUCGAUUACAGAGGUAUUCUGGCAUGCUUGGAUGGAUAUAUGAAUAUAGCCAUGGAGCAGACAGAAGAAUAUGUCAACGGGCAGCUGAAAAAUAAAUAUGGGGAUGCAUUUAUUCGAGGAAAUAAUGUUUUAUACAUCAGCACCUCCAAAAGGACACUUCCGGAAGGGGCGUGAGAGGAUUUCACCGCCACAUCAGCAGGAUCAUUUUGUAUGGAUUAUUUGAAUCAGAUAUGCAUUUGAAUCUUUUGUAUUUAGAUAUUUUUGUCAGGUAAUUUUAUCAAAGCCCUUGAAAUAGAAUUAAUGUAUCUGAUGCACUGCUAUCUUUUUAUUGCCGCCCCAUUGUAUGCAUUUGUGAUUCGGGCUUCAGUGGCAGGUGUUGAAGAAAAUACUUUAUUUGUUUAUCCUUAUAUUUCUCAUUCACCGGUUGAUUACCAGCGGGGCAUGUAUGCUGUUGCAUUUGCUGAUUGGUAAAACUGUUCUCUGUUAAUAUGCAG